CAGACGACACGUUGGGAUGCUAGCAUCUGUUGGAAGGUUGUAGGUCUCGGAACGGCCUGACAGUAGACACGAAAGGGCUGGAUAUAGGACUAGCAUGUCACUCGGAUAGCAGCCCAGCGCGCGCCUCGAUUCCGAAACUCCCGGCGUGCGCCAUCACCUGUUCGCCGAAAGUAACGCGUCUUCGCCAGGCACCGGGCGAGUCUCCCUCCUCCCCCAUAACUCACCAUGGCGACGACGACACCCGCCGACGGGCCCCCGUAUGCGAUCGCGUCCUCGGCCGCCGGCUCGACGGCCUUCUUCGUGCUCUCGCUGUUCGCCAUCUGCGGCCUCGUGCUGCUCCUGCUGCGAUACUACCUCCCGCUGCGCACCACGCCCGCCCACGUCACCGUGCCCGUGUUCCUCGCCAUCGCACUGCCCGCCAGUAUUGUCGUGCUGCUGCCCAUCGACCUCGCCAGCAGCGCAGGCACCGACACCGAUGGCGCGCGAGGCAUCUGGCUGAGCGACGCCGUCGUGUACAAGUCGUGGCGCAUCGUGUACUGGCUCACGUUUGCGCUCACGUGGGCGAUUCUGCCGCUGCUGGGCGAGUACUGCGACUCCGGAUACCGGGAUCCCAAGGCGAGGGUGCGGUAUGCGCUCAGGAGCAAUGGGCGGUACUGGGCGAUUAUGCUGGGGUGUGGGAUUGUCGGGUCGGUGUAUCUGAUCUGGUAUAACGGAUUCGAAUUGGAUACAUUCAAGUCGCUGGCAAUGGCGUUGGCGUAUACCUGGGGUCUGAUAUUGGGCAUCUAUCUCAUGGGACAUGGGCUAGUGGCAUUCCCGAGGAGCUUGUUUAGAUACGCGAGCAUCACCGGGCGGCUCAAGAAGAUCCAGGGUCACGCCCCGAAGGUGCAUGAGAAGCUGGUUGAGGCGUUGGAGAAGCUCGACCAGUAUGAGCAUCAGGUUGUGCAGCUUAAGCAGCGGAAGAACGGCACCGCAAAGGAGUUUCAGGAGUGGAUCGAUGAGCUGGCAGAGAAGGGCAGUCUGCCGGAGAGUAGGGCUGGCACUGUCGGACGCUCAGGCGCAACGACGAUUCCACCGGUCAUCACGGAACGAUAUCUGGCGGACCUGACACGGAAGCUGAAGAGAGCACGACACGCCAAGAACCGAUUCGAAAAUGAAUGGGACAUCAUCGUCCGCAAAGCCAUUCGCACACAAGACAUCCUCGACUCGAAAGCCAGCCAACGUCUUGAAUUCAAGAACUCGGCCUACCCAACCCCGCAACACUGGCACUCCCGCCUCACCGUCCUCACCCCCUACACCCGCUACCUCCUCCACGUCCACGUCAUCCCCGCACUGACCUACUUCACCUGGGUCAUCACGAUCCUCGCGUCCAUCAGCAUCGUCUGGUCGGAGUGCGUGCGCGAGCUGCAAGAAAUCGGCGGCCACAAGCUGUCCAUCAUCGGCUGGACCGUGGUGCACCGGCAGUCGUCGUCGCGCUCGCAGAUCGGCUUCGGCGGGCAGCUCAUCGCCGCCGCCUGGCUGUGCUACAUGUGCAUCUGCGCCUUCUACUCGCUGACCGAAGUGAAAAUCUGGGGCAACCGCGCGCUCGUCCGGCGCAACACGUACCAGGAGAGCGCCACCUGGUACGGGCUGCAGGUCGCCAAGCUCACCGUCCCGCUGAGCUACAACUUCCUCACCAUGACCGACAAACCCAUCUGGACCCACACCAUGUUCCACCGCUUCCUGGGCCGCCUGAUCGACCUGUCCCCGCUGGGCAAGAACUUCUCCGCGUUUUUCCCCAUCUUCAUCCUGGUCCCCGUGCUCGCGACUGCGUUCGGCUUGUACGCCAAGAUCCGCAGUGUAUGUGGCUUUGCGGAUCUGCUCGACGACGACGAGGACGCCGCGCAGGCCGGGUUCGCCGGCGAAGGCUCGUGGCGCGAGGGCCGCGCCCUGAUCGACCGCGAGAUCCACGGCGCGAGCGGGAACGUCCUGGGGCUGACGAGCCGCGCGGCGGCCGCCCCGGUGUCGGCGCCGGUGCCACGCUACACGGAUAUACCUACUGGCGAGCCGAGCAGCAUCGCGGACACGGUGUCGGAGGCGCCGGCGCCGCGCGCGCGGCCGGAGAGGAGGCGCGUCGUUGAGGAAGAAGAGGACGAGGGUUUUUUCGAGAGCUUUGCGAGUCGCGUGAAGAACACGUUCGAGGCAACCGACUUUUCGUUUUCAAGGCCCGCGUGGAUGGGCGGCGACGACGAGGUGGAUGCCGGGCGGCGGGCGCGGGGGACCGAUUCGAACGAGGGGUUCCUGAGUCUGUUUGGGGGCCGGGCCGAGGAGGGGCGCGUCCGGCUGUAGUGUCGUAUUGUUUUCUUGCAUUGCGCGGCAUGGAAGGAGUUUGGGAUGCGAUUUCGCUUUUGC